AUGUUCCUUGUUGCUGGGCUACUACCAGACCCCGAUGAGCCGUUCUCUCCGUCCCUAUCUCACGCCCAUGCAUGGAUACUUGCCGCAGUCACGGAGGCACUUCAAAUUGCCAUGUUCUGCUUCCAAUUUGGAAAAGAUCCUAUUAACUCCGGGAUGGAAAGUGUUCAACUAGGUCUUCUCAUGCUUAGAAUGGGAUUCUUUGUCGCCAUGGCUGCUAUCUAUCUCCAGCCUAUGUAUGCGUGGUCCCAUAUCAAACUUGGUGAAACCGACCCUCUGCUAGGCGAAAUUGCUGCGAAGCCAGUACGUGAUGCGCAGCAUGGAGGAUGGCUGGACUACGUUGUCGGCUUUAGCACCCUCUUUCCAUAUCUCUGGUCAGUGAUACCCAACCCCCCAAACAUCUCUCAUUUUCCUCACCAUGCUAAUGGAAACAUCUAUAGGCCAUCAGACUCACGGAGAUUGCAGCUCCGCGCAGUAUUUUGCUUUUUCCUUUUGAUUCUUCAACGCAUAGUCAAUAUCAUGGUACCGCGCCAGUUAGGUUUUGUCGUUGCCUCCCUUGGGUCUGGUACAAUUCCUUACAAGCAGCUUGCAAUCUAUCUCGUCUUGAGAGGACUACAGGGUCAGCAAGGUGUUAUUGGAUCCAUUAGAGCCCUUCUGUGGAUCAGUGUCAGCCAGUCAACAUACAGAAGACUCACAUCUUCAGCAUUCGAACAUGUCCUCUCCCUCUCCCUUGAAUUCCAUCUCGGCAAGCGGAUCGGCGAGGUCAUGAGUGCACUAAGCAAAGGGAGUGCCUUGAAUACAUUUUUGGACGGCCUGAUAUUCCAACUGUUCCCCAUGGUGGCUGACUUGUGGAUUGCUGCCUUGUACUUCUUGAUUGAAUUCGGGGCAUUUUAUGCUUUGAUUGUCAUCUCCGUUACCUGGCUAUAUCUUUUUGUCACUAUCUACAUGGCAAAAUACCGUGGCCGAGCGAGACGGGAGAUGGUAAACCGUGAGCGUGAAAUGGAAGCUGCAAACCGGUUCAAUGGACUGAUCAAAUCAUUCCAGGGCGCUGAGUACUUUGUAUUCUUCUCCCUAAACAUGCUGAAUGCUACCCAGAACUUGCUAUUUACAGCAGGGGUUGCCAUUGUCUGCCUACUAUGUGCUUAUCAGAUAUCCGCUGAUAUGCAGAAAGUUUCUAUGUUUGUUACUUUGAUCACAUAUCUGGCUCAGUUGCAAGCUCCUCUAAACUUCUUUGGAAGCUUUUACACGCAAGUUCAGAACAAUCUGAUUGAUGCAGAACGAAUGUUGGCUCUAGUAAGUCUAGUAAUGACCGCGGAGACAGUACUAAUGCUAACUGCAAUACAGUUCAAGGAGAAGCCCCUGAUUCAGGACGGGGACAAUGCUAUGCCGCUGAACUACUGCAAAGGCAAAGUAGAAUUCAAAAAUAUCAAUUUUGCCUAUGAUGGACGUCGCCCAGCGCUUCGAGACGUUAGCUUUGUCGUGGAGCCUGGCACUUCAACCGCAAUAGUUGGAGAAAGUGGUAGCGGGAAGUCCACUAUCUUAAAACUGCUGUUCCGAUUUUACGACGUUGCAGGAGGGUCUGUCCAAGUGGACGGCAUGGACGUUCGUGAUAUGACCAUUGCAAGUUUACGCAGCCAUUUGGGUGUUGUGCCACAAGAUGCAAUCCUCUUCAACGACACUGUGCUCUAUAACCUGUUAUACGCACGACCAGAAGCAACUAUGGAACAGGUAUAUGAAGCUUGCAGGGCGGCUAGUAUCCAUGAUCGGAUAAUGAGCUUCCCAGAUGGCUAUGAGACAAAAGUUGGCGAACGAGGGCUGCGGCUUUCCGGUGGGGAGAAGCAGAGAAUAACUAUUGCAAGGACCUUCCUCAGAUCUCCUCAGAUAUUGCUCCUUGACGAAGCUACGGCUUCGCUAGACUCCCAGACGGAGCGUCAGAUCCAAGGGGCUCUCGAGAAAAUAGCCAAAGGCCGAACAAGCAUCACUAUUGCUCACCGACUGUCUACGAUCACCAAGGCAGAUCAGAUCAUCGUUCUACACCAAGGACGUGUUGUCGAGAAAGGUACCCAUACCGAACUGCUGUCUGCAAAUGGGAUGUAUAGCCAAAUGUGGGAGAAGCAGACGAAGGCAAAGGUCAAGGCCGACAAUGAGAAUGAUGGAAAUUUGCUGAUAUCCCCCGAAUAA